AUGUUUGCUUUUCUUACUGAACCAGAAUCUAUUUUACUAAAUAUUAAAGCGACUACGACUGAAGAAGACUAUCUCCUCGCGAGUGAAGAUGAUUAUCUCCUCGCGGGUGAAGACGACUACCUCCUCGCGGGUGAAGAAGACUGUCUCCGCGCGAGUGAAGAAGUCUGCCUCUGCGUGAGUGAAGAAGACUACCUUCUCGCGGGUGAAGAAGACUGCCUCCUCGCGGGUGAAGAAUACCUCUUCGCGGGUGAAGAAGACUAUCUCCUCGCAGGUGAAGUAUACCUCCUCGCGGGUGAAGAAGACUGUCUCCUCACAAUUGAAGACUAUCUCCUCGCGGGUGAAGAAGACUAUCAACUCGCGGGUGAAGUAUACCUCCUCGCGGGUGAAGAAGACUGUCUCCUCGCGGGUGAAGAAGACUGUCUCCUCACAAUUGAAGACUAUCUCCUCGCGAGUGAAGAAGACUAUCUACUCGCGGGUGAAGAAGACUGCCUCCUCGCGGGUGAAGAAUACCUCCUCGCGGGUGAAGAAGACUAUCUCCUCCGGGUGAAGAAGACUAUCUCCUCGCGGGUGAAGUAUACCUCCUCGCGGGUGAAGAAGACUAUCUCCUCCGGGUGA